AGGACAAGGAUGAUUUCUCUAGCUUCAAAUCGCCCUUUCCGCCUGCAGUGAAAGCCCAUACGCCGCGAUCUGACAUGUCUACGACUUCAAAUAUAUUCCAACCCCCUGAGCCAUACUCAUAUACCUCAGCCAUGUAUAGCGCCGUUCCUGCACCUCCAGCUGGUUUGCACCCUCAACAAGCUCAUCUAAGGCAGACCCAUAGAAUGCCAAUAAGGGGCUCUUUUCAUAUAGCAACAGGUGCUGCUUUCCAUACCGCUGAAAAUGAUACCGAAGCAGCCCUACAAGGUCCCUCAGCUAGAUUUGAGACUAACGACGGCUAUGUUGAUGUUAGAGUUUGGGUAAGUGGUGGAUCAGGUAUCGCUACUGUCGAGGCUUCUUCGAAAUCGGGAAGAGUCAAAGUUGAAGUCGUUGAUUGUCCAAGCAGACUACCAUUACGUCUACAAGCUAAAUCACAGAAAGGUCCUGUUGAGGUUUUACUACCACCGUGUUUCUCUGGAUUGUUGAUUGCGGAUGCCCAGCAGAUAAAUCUCUCAGAAGGCGCUCAGAAGAGAGCGACGCAGGUCGUUGGUUUUGACAAUCGCUUCCUCAUAGCAGGUUUAGACGGUUCCACUAGAGGUGGUUCAGAGGUCAAAAUAGACGCACACAACGCAGACGCUAAGAUAGCGUUUGCUAGGGAGAACAAUCAACUGAAUAACUCCUAAAUAUUAUUAUAGAAUAACUGACCAUCGGUACAAUUUCUCGCUUAUAACGUAUAUCUUCUUCUUUAGUACACACAGAAUUCCCUUUUUUAUCAUUGAAUGUUUUCGAAUUUUGUAUACGAAUUGAUUCCCAUUUAGC